CGUCAGUAUACCACGCUCGCUCGUUCAAUCCGGUCCGCGCAGCAGGCUCUCUGGUAUACGCACACGUACACGCACACGUACACGCACACGCACACGCACACGCGCACACACACACGUCUCUCACGCAAUCGUUUGCAGUACGCGCGACAUGGUCGACAUCAUCGCGCGCCACGGCCGCCGACCGGAGGCAGCAGCACAAGCGUUGUGGUGAACGCGCCUCCCGCGACAUUCGGUGAAGACGACCGCCGCGCCGCCGUCAGUCGCCACUCGUCGACGCCGCCGCGCAGUGUACGUCCAUUCAGUGUGCGAUCGUCCGCCUUUGCCGACGGUACUCGACCGUUGUAGUAACCGCUGUGGUCGUGUGUCAGUGUUUGCUCACCGCCCGCGACAACUGCACGAGUGCAGAGAUCGCGCGCACUGCCGCAAGUCCGCGCAUUACCGUUUCGAUAUAAAAUAAUAAUAUUUAUUUUCGUCGUCGGCAAAAUCGUUGAAUUUUAAUUCAGUUUUUUUUUACGCGACGACGCUUUGCUAAACGGGGAAAAAAUAUUUAUUUUUUUUUCCUCCACCUCGCUCGAACGCGUGUAGACUUUGAAUUUAUUUUAUUUUUAUUAAUUUUUUUUUUUUUGUGCGUUUUCGUUAUUUUUUACCGAUUACGUGCGACGUGUUCUUUGGAUCGCAACGAUUCGUAAUUUUUCGCCACACAAUACACGUUUAAUAAUAAAUACACAUUAUUCGCAACAUGGUACCUAAACAAGAAACGAUCCGCAUCAUCGACUCCUCGUCGGAUAACACGUUGGCCCAGCCGAUGUUUGGCUCGCAACUGGUUGACGAAAAUUCGCCGACGCCGUACUCCGAUGCAACACAGACGAAAAAGAAUAAUCCAAACCACAUCAAGCGGCCAAUGAACGCGUUUAUGGUGUGGUCACAGAUUGAGAGGCGUAAGAUAUGUCAUCAGCAACCGGACAUGCACAACGCGGAGAUAUCGAAAAAGCUCGGUAUGCUGUGGAAAACGCUAACGGAUGAACAGCGAAAACCGUUCAUCGAAGAGGCCGAGACGCUGAGACUGAUGCACCUUAAAGAAUAUCCGGACUACAAAUACAGGCCGCGCAAGAGGACGCCAAAGAACAUCGGUGGUACCGGUAACGCGGUCACCACCACCACGCCGGUCACGAUCGCCAAGACCACCACAACAGCAGCGGCUCAGUCGAAAUUCCGGAAGAACAUGUGCAAAAAGUUCGGCAACACCGUGACCGUGUCCAGCCGCGUCGCGUCCGCCAUCAGUUCCGGUACGGUGCACGUGGUGGAGAACAGGACGUCCGCGGUCUCGUCGUCGACGUCGUCGCUCCUUCAGGACAACACAACAUCGUCGUCUUCGUCGUCGUCGACGACGUCUUCGAAGUCCUUCGUCCGGCGCAACGGCAUCAUACAGGUGAACAGGAUGAGCCCGGUGAACACGGACCGGUUAAAGUAUCACUUCACCAUCGACACGGCCAAGGACACGGCCGAGGUGCGCGUACCCGCCUCGGUGCACGCCAAGGUGCCGACCAGCCCGACGUGCGACUCGCCAAACUCGCCGGAGAGCGCCACGUUCUACGACGAUUCGCCGCUGUCGUGCUUCGAAGUCGUCAAGCCGCUCAAAAUCAAGUUGCUCAACACGCUCAACACGUCGGCCACGAUCACGGUGCUGGCCGACGUGGACGACGACGACAACGAGGACGGCGACAGCAGCACCGGCACCGCCAACGCCAACGCCAUGUUGCUCAGUCCCGGGUCGGCCGCGUCGCUCAUGUCCGCCCGGCAAAUCGACCAGCAGCUCCACCAAAACCACAACCUAAACAACCACCUGAGCAAUCAGUCGGCGGCCGAUCUGCUGGCCCGGAACCUGAUGAAGGACGAUCACCUGCUGGUCAAGGCCGAACCCGCGCGCCCGUCGCCGUCCGCCGUCGCCCAGUCGUCGUACUUCUCCGUCAAACAGGAACCGAUGGACUCGAUGGACUCGAUGGACCCGUCGGAGUCGGCCGCGCUGGGCCGCGUCGGCGAGAACCCAUCGCUGGCCGACCUCGAGUGCCUGGACGACCUCAUCCAGAUGCCGUCCGACUUCAAGAUGGACAUCGACUGCCUGUCGUCCGACAUGGACAGCGGUUCCGUCCGGCAGGGCUCGCACCUCGAGUUCACGUGCACGUCCGACAUGACCGACAUACUCUCGCACAUGGGCGUGACCGCCGACUGGGAGGACGUGCGGGGCAUCAUCAACGACUGCUAAAGAGGUGCUGCACACACGGCCGAGAGAGGAGAUGAAGAACGCGCCGCUAGCCCCCCCAAAAAAUUGCUCCUCCCCCCCACCGCCAAACCCGCCGCCGGAAUCGUCGUCGUCGUCGUCGUUCGCCGCCACUACUACCCCGUAAAAAACAUACACACACACACACACAAAUUGAAUACAAAAACAUGAGGUCCUCUGCUGUGAUUGGUUAUAUAUAUAUAUUAUUAUUUUUUUCAAAGUUAAUUUAUUCAUUUUAUUACGUUUUUCUCUUUAUUUUUUUUUUCGUAUUAUGUUAUAUUUAUUCUACCUAUACGUACGUUUGCAAGUAUGUAUGUAUUGUACGCGUGUAUGUUUAUAUAUAUAUAUAUAUUAUAGAAUAUAUAGAUAUGUAUGAAAAUCUAUAUACCGCACAGAAAAAAAAAACAAUACACGACGUGCUUGCCUUUGGAGUAAUAAAUCACACACAUGUAAGUUUUUAUGUCCGUUUGUUUUUGUAUACGUCUUCUAAGAUAUAUAUGUAUAUGUGCAUAAAAUUGUAUUAUUAUUACUUCUUCUACUACUACUACUAUUACUAUUACUACUACUACUACUACUACUACUACUACUGCAGUUGCCACUAUUAUGUUUUUAUACAUUCGUAUAUGUAUACAACACACAGUACUGGCCGGCGGCAGACGACAAUCGGAAUUAAUUUCACUCUUAUCGUGUAAAUAAUAUAUUAGACUUUUUUUAUAUUGUCGUGCGAUACGUGUCGAAUUUUUCAUUGUAAAUUUAUAUACAAUAUAUAUAUAUAUAUGUAUAUAUGUAUAUAUAUAUAUAUAUAUAUUUAGUAUAAAAACGACGUGACUUUUUAUAUUUUUUUCGCUCGUAAAAUUCAUCAAAAUUUGUGAUGUCUCGACGUUUAUUUUUUUAAGUUAGUCGUGUAUUCGUAAAAAAUUCAUAAUGAUAUAUUAUAUAAUAUUUAUUAUAUGUAAUUUGGUUUACUUCUGAUUCGCUUUUUAAAAAUCUUUAGAACACGAUUAACGUAGUAAUAUUGUAAAAAUAUUAUAUUGUAUGCUAGUAUACUCUAGAGCCUCAGUAGACAAUAAUGAUAAUAAUAAUAUUUGCUUCAUAGUCUUUAAAUGUUAUUUUUUUUUUUUACUCCAAGUGUGAACAUUUUGUUUAGGUGUUUUUUAUAUAUUCAUAUAUAACAUAAAUUUUAAUCAUUAUCACGUUGUAUUAUAAAAAAAAAUAAUUAUACUGUUGCUUAAGUGUUGUUAAGUAUAGGGUGCUUCCAUUUGUAUGAUGAUUAUGAAAAUUAAAAAAGCAAAAAAAAAUUAUAAUAUUAUAUUUAUGUGUGUAUAUGUAUAUAUAUACAUAUAUAUACGCAUACGCGUGUAUAUGUGUAUGUUUAUGUGUGUAUAUUAUAUAUUAUUAAAAUCUUGUGUCCGAAUUAGAAAGAGGAAUGUUUUCAACAUCAUAUUUUUUUUUAUGCUUUGGCUAGAUACUUACACAUUAUAAGCGUAUUUUGAUUUACCUGUAUUUUAUAUUCAAAUUCAAAAGUAAAAAAAAAAAAAAAUCAACAAUAAUUCGAUUUUUACCUGUAAUAAUAAUAAUACAUCGUGUAUAAUAAAAUACCAUGUACAUAAAUGAAGAGAAACGAGGGCGAGCGAUACGGUGGUGUUUGUAUCAUUUUUACCAUUUGAAUCCCACGAGUCAUUUUGUACUAAUUAAAAUCCCUAAAAUUUAUUAUGAUCUCAUACAAACAAAAAAAAAAAUAUUUUUUUUUUUUAUAUAAUUUAAAUAUAUAACUUCCACAACUUUUUCUGAACGUCAUUAAUAAAACACGAUGAAUACUUGUUCGACAAAGCAUUUAUAGAUGGUUUUGUAAUGAAUAAAUUAUUUUUUUUUUUCCUAAUAUUAGCCCUUAAAUAAUAUUAUGAAGUGCAAGAAUAUACACUAUAUAGUCAUGUUUAUUCAUAUAUAUAUAUAUAUAUAUAUAUUUUUUUUAAUACAAAUGUAAAAUGUAUGACAUAUGAUAUGUAUAUGUACCAGGUACCUUUAUGUAUAUUAAGGUAUUUACAAAAAAAAAAAAAAAAUAAUAAAUAAAAACGAAAAAAAAUACAAGGUCUAAUAUUAUACAUUAUAUUAUUAUUAUUCACCUUAUUAUUAUCAUUAUUAUUAUUACUAUUAUAUUGUUUUCUAUAUAUAUGUAUUAGCGUUAUAAGUGUAAUAUGAUUAAACCUCCCCCUCCCAUACUUUCUUAUUUCUAUUUUAUAUACUUAUAUAUUAGUUGGUUUAUUAUUAUUAAAAUACAUAAUAUUAUGUACAUAAUGAUGUGUACGAUGUGAAUGUGUUGUAUAUAGAUUUACUCAUUGUACAUUAUUACAGGUAGACUACGGUACUGUACCUAUAUAUUGUUCGCAAGUAAAUCGGUAUAAUGAUGUUAAGAAGUUUUAACACUAUUUUUUUUUAAUUAUUAUUAUUAUUAUUAUUAUUAUUUGUGCAUCGCGUUAUUUUAUAUAAAUAAAAAAACGAACGCGCGCGCUUGUACAAAAAAUACAUUAUAAAAGUAUAAUCUUUUUUUAUAUCUUAAAAUUAUAUUUAUAUAAUUGUUAA